GUUCAGAUCGGAACAAAAUCUAUUAAUUAUCGUGAAAGUGAAUAGCAUUUUUUAUUUUUCAAUAAUUUGCAUUUUUGCACGCGAAUUUCUGGAAACAAAAAACGCAGAGUACAAAUCACAUUCAGUGCCACGUGCGUGAAAUGUACCAAAUGAUAAAACGGCUUGGUGAAAACUAAAUAACAAAAAGAAGACACUGACCACACAGCUGGCUACAGCUGCAGCAACAACAACUACAACAACUACAAAAACAGAGGCAGCAUCGUUUUGUUGUUAUUAUUUGACUGGGCCUACGUGAUUAAAAUGGACAUAGUAUUAUAGUAUAGUCAGAGUCCAAUUGCUAAAUGAGUUCUAGCGAAAUGGCCUGAAAGCGAAUUGGUCAAUACACACACACACACGCUGCCGACGCCGCUUUUUGUUGUUUUCUGUUUGCUUUGCAAUAAUUGUUGAUAGUGUCGCGCCAGCAAUCAAAAAGAGACAGUGUAUUUUUUGAAAAUACAUACAUACAAACGUACGUACACCCACAACACGUUCAAGGUUAAACAGACGUUGCCAAUAUGAUGUGGUGAGCAGGGGACGCGGCAAGGACAUGCAGAAGUCACAGUUGCCACAGGCAUCAUCGUUGAUGGCACACUGUGCCAUCUGCGGCACGCCCGAUCAGCUGUUGCGCUGUGCCAAGUGUAAGAGCAUUUACUAUUGCUCCAUAGCGCAUCAGCACUUGGAUUGGCCGACACAUCGACAUGACUGUCGUCAUCUGGCGCGUCAGAAGCAGAACAACAACAACGCCAUCGGCAACAGCAACAGCAACAGCAACAAAAUCCAAAUCCAGCAGUUGCAACAGGCUGUGGCAGCGACAACGCUGGAUGUGAGUGGAGCCAACUGCUCGACGGCACAAAUGAUGACACCCGCUGCACAGGCUCAGAACUGGCCAAAUGAGCUGGACGAGCUGCUCAAUUUCUUUGGGCAGCCGACAAUGGCAUCACCGUCAGCUCAGCCAGCAACUGUUGGCCAACACCAUCCGCAGCAUCAUCAUCAUCAUCAACAUCAUCAUCAUAAUCACAAUGGCUACCAGAUUGGACUCACAGAUGCCAGCUUCAUGGGCAGCGGCAGCGAACGACGAUAUGAGGAUUUGUGUCGCAACAUCAUUAAUGACAUGAACCAGUAUGGACUGUCUGUGGUGGACGACUUUCUGGGCAUGGAAAAGGGCCUUAAGAUCCUCAACGAGGUGCGCAGUAUGUACAACGCCGGCGCCUUCCACGAUGGCCAACUGGUGCACAAUAUGAAACCCGAUGCACAAUUUUCGGCGGUACGCGGUGAUAAGAUUCGGGGUGAUAAAAUCAAAUGGGUCGGCGGUAAUGAGCCUGGUUGCAGCAAUGUCUGGUACUUGACCAAUCAGAUUGAUUCUGUCGUGUAUCGAGUGAAUACCAUGAAGGACAAUGGCAUCCUGGGCAACUAUCAUAUCCGAGAGCGAACGAGAGCUAUGGUUGCUUGUUAUCCGGGCUCUGGCACACACUAUGUCAUGCAUGUGGACAAUCCCAACAAAGACGGACGCGUCAUUACAGCCAUAUACUACCUGAAUAUCAACUGGGAUGCCAGAGAAAGUGGCGGCAUAUUGCGCAUUCGACCAACGCCUGGCACCACUGUGGCGGAUAUUGAGCCCAAGUUCGAUCGCCUGAUAUUCUUCUGGUCGGAUAUACGCAAUCCACAUGAAGUGCAGCCAGCUCAUCGCACCCGCUAUGCCAUCACCGUCUGGUACUUUGAUGCCAAGGAGCGUGAGGAGGCGCUGAAUCAUGCCAAACAGGAGAACAGCAAGACGAACAAUGUCAGUUCCAUUGCACAGCAGGCGGAACCUGAUUCAACAACCACUCCUGCACCCACACCCGCACCAGCAAUAGUAACUGCAGUAGCCGCAACAUCCGCCUCCAGCUCCAUCACAUCUGCAUCCGCAUCUUCAUCUACAGCGUUGUCAGCGAACAAAGCUUUGACACCCGCCAGUAUGAACACGGGAAGUGGAGCACUGAAUGCGAAUGCGAAUGUGGCAAACAGUUCCUGCAAUGAGAUUUGCACGUAGUCUGUUGUGGCUUCCUGUAUAUAUAUCUAGAUUCUAGACCACAUGUUGUGACUAUGGGCAGAACACGAUGCUGGUCAACCAAAAAGUGUAAAUAUUGUCUACACACACACACACGCACCCAUUGUAUAAAGCUAGCUAAAAAUUAAAAACUUAUUUAUAUAUAAACCUUAAGUAAAUAAGCUCCAAAUAUCUGAAGUGCAGUCAAGGACAGUUGUAACAGCCUGGAAAGUUUUGUUUUGUUUUUCCCUCAAAAACUGCACUUGUCUGACCUAUAUAAAUGUGAAUCAAAGCUCCUUUAGUCAUUUAAAACGAUAGUUGUAUGUACUAAGUCGUAAGUUUAGUUAUUCUUGCAUUAACCUUUAGCUAACUGCCUUAUCAGCCUCAUGUUGAUUGUUAUUUUUAUUAUUAUUGUGCAUAUUUAUGAUGUACAAUCAAUUAUCAGGAUUUUCGCGUAGUUUAUUUUUAGUUUUGAGCUGGCAAAGUAUUAUAGCUAAAAUGCAGCUACUACAAGAGCAACAGUUUAUAUUGAUUUCCCAUCUCAUCGUUUUCUAAAAAAAUUUGUAAUUAAUUUGGUUAUCUUGUAUUACCCUCACUCCACUCAAUUCGUUGACUCAUUAUAGAUAGGAAAAAGAGUAUAACAAAUAACCAGAAACUGUAUCAAAAAAUCUCUUUUAUAAGCCUCAUCAAAAAAAAGAAGAUAAUAACUAUGAUCAAUUAUGUAUAUCUAUGCAUAUGUAUAUUUUUUUAUUAAAUGAAAAACUGUGCAAACUAUU